UAGCUUUCGGAGAUAUGAUUUCAGUUCUUGUGGGCUAGAGAUUUUUAAAUCAGACAUCAGAAGAAUUUAAAAUACAUUUUAAAAUGGGAAUAAUAAACCCCAUUUUACUGAGUGCUUUGUUUUUGUUAGUUACUUCUACAAUUGUAUAUUCGAAAAAGCUUGUAGUUUGCUAUCAAGGAACAUGGGCAACUUACCGACACUCCUAUGGAAAAUUUGAUCCUAUCCAUAUUGACCCUACUCUUUGUACCCAUCUUAUGUAUGCCUUUUUCGGUAUCGAAGUUGAUGGUCAGAUUCGAAUAAUUGACCCAUAUUUAGACUUGCAAGAAGAUUGGGGUCGAGCAAAUAUCAAGAAAUUUAUGCAGCUAAAAAACAAGAAUCCUGAUCUCAAAGUUUUAGCAGCUGUGGGUGGAUGGAACGAGGGCUCAUUAAAGUUUUCAGAAGUAGCAAAUGAUCCAAUCAAAAGGAAUACAUUCGUUAAGUCUGCAGUUGAUUUCGUAAAAAAACAUCAAUUUGAUGGUCUGGAUUUGGAUUGGGAAUAUCCCAAUCAGAGACACAACGUAACAACAAAUGACGAUAAAACCAACUUUGUAACAUUGCUCAAGGAAUUGAAAACAGCAUUAAGCAGAGACAACCUCUUAUUAACAGCUGCUGUUGGAUCGGCAGAGUUUUCUUCAUCGGUUUCAUACAAUAUACCAGAGGUUUCAAAGUAUUUGGAUAUCAUCAAUGUCAUGGCCUAUGAUUUGCAUGGCUCUUGGGACCCUGUCACUGGUAUUAAUGCUCCACUCUUCGAAGGACCUAACGAUCAAACACAACUCGAAAAACAGCUAAAUGUACAUGCUAGUAUUUCAUACUGGUUAAACAAUGGUGCACCACGUGAAAAGAUUGUUUUGGGUGUCCCGUUUUAUGGCAGAACAUUUACCUUGAAGGACCCCAACCAACACACUAUAGGAUCACCUCACGAGGGCACUGGCCUACCUGGUCCAUACUCAAAUGAACCAGGACACAUUGGUUACAAUGAAAUAUGCGAAAAACUACUCAAGGAAGAUUGGACAUACGUUUGGGAGGAACACCAAAAAGUGCCUUACAUGUACCGAGGAAAGCAAUGGAUCGGAUUUGAAGAUCCAAGAAGUAUCAAAUUGAAAGCACAGUACGCAGUCGACCAAAAUUUAGCAGGAGUCAUGAUAUGGUCUCUUGAAUCAGACGAUUUUCAUGGAAUUUGCGGUGAAAAGUAUAUUUUACUUAAAACAAUUCAUUCAGUUCUAGAUAAUAGAAACGUAGUUGCCGUAGCUGGUAAAAAUACACAAUCACCACAAUUGGUUACACAAAAAAAUCCAUCAAAUUUCAAGUGCACCUCCGAUUCAAUGGGAUAUUAUAGAGACCCUAAGGAUUGUUCAACAUUCUAUUUCUGUAAUAAGGAAACCAAAUACACCUUUGAGUGUCCACCAAAUUUGAACUUUGAUACUGAAUUGAAUGGUUGUAAUUAUAAAGGGUUUGUUAAUUGUAACUCUUAACUCCAUUUGUAUUUUAUAAUAAUUUGUAAAUCUUGGCAGCGUAAAUAAAAAUGAAAGUAAAUAAAAUAUCAUUUGAAGAACGUAUUCCAUUCGUCGCGAAUAGAAUGGAUUUUUUAAUUUACUAAUCUAAAUCUUA